GCGGGUCGCGCCUGCGCGGUCGGGCGCCUUCCUCCUUUCCUUCUUGCCCUCCCCUCCCCCGCCCGCUCCGGGCUCUGAGUGACAGCUCAUGGCCGCUGAAGAGGGAACCAUGAAAGAAACAGACAUCAGGAAACUGUUUUACACGCACCUGUUGAGCAUCUUCACCAUCAUCUCCACCGCCUUCGUCCCGUCCUUCUUCCUGGAGAAGUUUUCCGUCUUGGAGACCCACCUAACGUGGCUGGGCAUCUGCUCCGCGAGCGUGGCCGCCAUCAAUGUCGUAUUCUAUUUCCUCGUCAAGCCAAACCCGCCUUCUAAGAGAAAUUCGGUCUCGCACAAGGUAUCCAGAUUUCUGAAAUGUUGCGUCUACUUUCUCAUUUCCUGCUCACUCUUCCAUGGAAUCACUGUACUCUACGGAGCUCCUCUAAUUGAAUUGGUGUUGGAAACGUUCUCUUUUGCGGUCAUCUUGUCGACUUACACCACCCUACCUUGCCUGUGUGUCUUAGGGCCCAACAUUCACGCUUGGCAAAGAGUGUUCAGUAAAAAUGGCGCGACGUCCAUCUGGGAUAAAAGCCUGCAGAUCACCACCCUGAGCAGCGUGGCGGGAGCCUGGCUCGGGGCCUUCCCACUGCCCCUCGACUGGGACCGGCCUUGGCAGGUCUGGCCCAUCUCCUGUUCCCUGGGAGCCACGUCGGGCUACGCGGCCGGCCUCCUGGUCUCCCCGCUGUGGAUUUACUGGAAACGAAAGGAGCUCACGCACAAGAGCAGGUAGCCGCGG